CUUUUUGGCAGCAGAGAACACAAUAAAUGCAGCAGUCAUUGGGGGGUUAGAACAACCCAUUUGGUUUAAUGAGGUGAGUGUUUUCUCUCCCUUUCCCCUUCUCUCCUUGCAUAUCUUACUCUGUGUGUCUCUUAGCAAAUUACACAGUGUCCUGUCUUGUAUCCUGUCCCCCUUUUUCUGGUCUUACUCAUUUUCCCUCCUACUUUUUUAAGGCCUUGUUGAGCCCUGAUAAAACCUGGACCUUGGAAGAGGAGAGGGACAUUUGGGAGCGAGAUGGCGAGAGGGAUGGUGGCUACAUACGUACAUGGCAUCUUUCUCCUGGCUCUGUGGAAGCCCUCACUGCAAGGAGGUGUAUAUAUACCUGCUGGUGGAGCAGCAGGAGGCGCUGGAGCCGGCAUAGGAGUUGGUGCUGGACCUGGAACUGGAGUCGGACCAGGUGGGACUGGAACUGGAUUUGGACCUGGAGGAGCUGGCUUUGGACCAGGAACAGGUGGAGGGGGCUAUGGUGGUCAUGGACCAGGAGGAGUUGGAACGGGAGGAGUUGGACCGGGAGGAGUUGGACAGGGAGGAGCUGGACCGGGAGGAGUGGGACCGGGAGGAGCUGGACCGGGAGGAGUUGGACCGGGAGGUUUCAGGCCUAACACCUUCGGCCCAGGCAGUGGUGGACUGGGAGUCGUACCUGGAGGUGUUGGGGCCGGUGGAAAGCCUCCAAAAACAGGAGGCGGCUACGGAGGUCGUGGAGGAGUGGCUGGAGGGUUUGGAGCAGGACAGGGAGCUGGCAGUGUAGGAGGAGGACUGGGACAGGGCGGAGUUGGGCCAGGUGGUUUUGGACCAGGUGGUGUCGGUCCUGGAGGCUAUGGGACUGGGCCUGGAGGAGUUGGUCCCGGGGGUGUUGGACAGGCUGGCCAAGGCACAGGUGGCUAUGGAGGCGGUUAUGGUCCAGGUGCUGGUCAAUACCCAGGAACUGGUGGAACUGGUCCCAAACCUCCUAAAACUGGUUAUGGGCCUGGUGGUGUGAGAUUUGGGCCUGGUGGAGCAGGAUCUGGGCCUGGUGGAGUUGGAUUUGGACCUGGUGGUGCAGGAAUAGGGCCUGGUGGUGCGGGAUUUGGGCCAGGUGGUGCAGGAUUUGGGCCGGGUGGUGCAGGAUUUGGGCCGGGUGGUGCAGGAGUAGGGCCUGGUGGUGCAGGAGUUGGGCCUGGUGGUGCCGGAUUUGGGCCUGGUGGUGCGGGAGUAGGGCCUGGUGGUGCGGGCUUUGGACCUGGUGGUGCAGGAGUAGGGCCUGGUGGUGUGGGAGUAGGGCCUGGUGGUGCGGGAUUUGGGCCUGGUGGUACGGGAGUAGGGCCCGGUGGUGCGGGAUUUGGGCCUGGUGGUGCGGGAGUAGGGCCUGGUGGUGUGGGAUUUGGGCCUGGUGGUGCGGGAGUAGGGCCUGGUGGUGUGGGAUUUGGGCCUGGUGGUGCAGAGGUUGGACCCGGAGGAGUUGGUCCUGGUGGAGCUGCUGUGCCUGGAGGAGUUCCAAUGCUGCCACAGACUGGCACAACUGGGGGAGGACCUGGAGGAAAGAGCGGUGGUAAAGCAUCAAAACAAGUUCCAGGAGUUGGGGUGCCUGGACUAUAUCAAGGUGGAUAUGUACCAGGCCAAGGUUUUGGAGGCCGUGGUGUUCUCCCUGGAGUGGCCACAGGAUCUGGACUUGGGCCACAGACUGGGGCUGGGGUGCUUGGCCAGGGAGGUACUGGACCAGGAGGAGCCGGCAAUGGUCGUGGACAACAGUUGCCUGGGGUUUUUCGUGGUUACCCUCUCGUAUCACCAAAAUCAGGGGCAGGCAAAUCAAAGAAUCCAGCCAAAGCUGCAGCUAAAUACGGUGGAGCUGCAGCUGGGGGAGGUGCACUUGGUCAAGAAGGCACUUUGGGGGUUGGGGCUGGAAGACUCCCAGGAGGAGGAGCGGGAGUCACACACGGAUUAGGAGUUGGAACAGGAGGCGGACCUGGAGCUGUACCUGGACUUGGAGGUGGAGUUGGAACAGGAGGUGGACCCGGAGCUGUAGCUGGACAUGGAGGUGGAACAGGCAGUGGGCCUGGAGUAGCCAGCAGCAUACCUGGUUUAGGUUAUGGUGCUGGCUCGGCCAAAGCACGCAAAUAUGGUCUACUGGGCGGUGGAGGCACUGGUGCUGCUGGAGGCCUUGGACAAGGAGGGCCAGUAGCUGGAGUUGGUCUCGGCACAGGAGGAGGGCCAGGUGUUGGCUAUGGUUUUGGUCCAGGCGGUGCAGGCACUGGUGCAGCAGGAUUUGGACUCGGCACAGGAGUGGGACCUGGAUCUGGUCUUGGUUUUAGCCCUGGUGGUGCUGGCACUGGCCCUGGAGGAGCUGGUUAUGGGCCAGGUAGAACUGGGUACAGUCCAGGUGCAACUGGAACUGGAGUAGGAGGAGCAGGAACAGGACCCGGAGGGUAUGAUGCCAGUGCCAAAGCUCGUAAAUAUGGCAUGUUAAGUGGAGCACUUGGAGGUCCAGGGACAAGCACUGGAGGAUUCAGGCCGGGUGGUGCUGGUACAGGAUAUGGACCUGGAGGUGCUGGUACAGGCUUCGGACCUGGUGGUGCUGCUGGUACUGGCUACGGACCUGGUGGUGGUGGUGGUACUGGCUUUGGACCUGGAGGAGUUGGACCUGGUGGUGCUGGUACUGGCUAUGGACCCGGUGGUGCUGGUACCGGCUAUGGACCCGGUGGUGCUGGUACAGGUUAUGGACCUGGCAGUGCUGGUACAGGCUAUGGACCAGGUGGAGGAGUUGGGCCUGGUGGUGCUGGCUAUGGACCCGGGGGUGCUGGUACUGGCUAUGGACCUGGUGGUUAUGCUGGUGCCAAAGCCCGUAAAUAUGGUCUGCCUGGAGGUACCCUUGGUGCAGGAGGACUUGGUGGUGGAGCUGGGCCUAGUUCUGGGAUCGGAGUAGGAGGAGGGGUCCCCGGGAGAGGUGUUGGACUAACAACUGGUGGUGGACCUGGAGCAGGACAGUGGACUGGGGGAGUACCUGGUUCUGGUGUUGGAACAGGAGGUGGACCGAGUGGCUUUGGACCAGGCAGUGCUGGAGGGCUUCCUGGUGGAGGAACACCGGGAGGAACAGGAUAUGGACCUGGUGGAUAUGGGCCUGGAGUUGGACCUGUGCCUGGGAUAGGUUAUAGACCAGGUGGAGGCUAUGGUGCAGGACCAGGGGCCGGAUAUGGAACAGGAUAUGGAGCUGGAUCAAAACCUGCUAAAUACGGUCAAGGUGGAAUGGGUGCUGGUGGGGUACUUGGAGGUGGAGCAGGACGAGGUGGGCACGGCACAGCUGGAUCUAAAGCUGCUAAGUAUGGGCAACCUGGUGGAGUUGUACCUGGGGCAGGAGCAGGAGCAGGGACCGGCACUGCGGGAUCUGGGACAGAGACCGGCACUGGUGUUACAGUAAAUGGCACCAGCACAAGCAGCACUGCAGGGACAACUGGGCCCGGUGGAGGAGGACUUGGAGCCACAGGAGGCACACCAGCUCCAGCAUCAGAAGUCCUUAUUCCAGGUGAUGCGGGUGCUGGCAGUGUGAUAGAGGGGUCUGGAAGUUCUGGAGGAGAAGGAGGUACUGGUGUAGCUGGCAGACCAGUGGGAGAAGGAGGUGACGGAGAUGGCUUGGCUGGAACAGGAAUCCCCAUCAUUGGAGAAAAAACAGGACUCAAUGGGACAGAAGUUCCAGGUCCCACAGGAGCCGCCCCUGUUGGGGGCGGGACUGCACAACCAAGUGGUUCUGGUGGUGAUAUUGCAACAGGGACGCUGCCUGGAGCCAAACCUCUCAGACCCCCAGGUGUCCCCAGAGGUGACACACCAGGUGAAGGAGAUGGAGAGGGAGGUCCUGAUGGAGAGAGAGGUGGUACAGGAGGCACAGGUGGAGUAGGAGGGAGUCCUCCCAGUGCAGGAGCAGCAGGAGGAGUUUUAGGUGGGGUAACAGGUGAGGGGAGAGGAGGGAGUCCAGCUACUGGAACUGGAGUUGGACCAGGAGGUGCAGCUGGUGGAGUUAGAGGAACAUCAAAACCACCCAAAGUAUACGGACCUGAUGGGACUGCAGCAGGAGGUGUAAGUGGUGGACCUGGUGAAGUAGGUGGGGUGGCAGGAGGAGUUGGAGGAGGUCCUGGAGGAGCAAGCUUGGUACCUGGGGCUGGUGGGCCUGGUGGAGUAGCAACAGGAGUCCUUAAACCUGGAAAAAGCUAUGGUGCUGGUGGUGCUGGAGUUUUACCAGGUGGAGGCAUACGUUACCCGACUGGAGCUGGAGUAGGACAGGGGGCAGGAAAAUCCGGCAAAGUAUAUGGGGCUCUUGGAGCAGGAGGCCAGGGUGGGGUUGGGCCUAGCAGUUAUGGAGCUGGUCCUGGUGGCUAUGGUACUGGUCCCGGAGGUUAUGGUGCAGGACCGGGAGGUUAUGGGGCUGGUGGUUACGGACCUGGUGGCACUGGUCCAGGUGGAUAUGGACCCAACACUGCCGGGACUGGACUGGGUGGUGUCGGAACCGGCUCAGGUGGCUUUGGACCAGGUGGUGUUGGCACAGGACUGGGCAGCCAUGGACCUGGUGGAGCAGGGGUUAAUCCUGGUGUUUAUACUGCUGGAGGUCAAAGACUGGGGAUAAGAAAGCCACCCAAGUCAGGCUAUGGAUCAUCCUCACUUGGUGGAGCAGGCUAUGGGCAAGGAACGGGUGGCUUUGGACCUGGUGGUGCUGGCACAGGAACGGGGGGCUUCGGACCAGGUGGCGCUGGAACAGGAACGGGUGGCUUUGGACCUGGUGGUGCUGGCACAGGAACGGGUGGCUUUGGACCAGGUGGUGCUGGAACAGGAACGGGUGGCUUUGGACCUGGUGGUGCUGGCACGAACGGGUGGUUUUGGACCAGGUGGUGCUGGCACAGGAACGGGUGGCUUUGGACCUGGUGGUGCUGGCACAGGAACGGGUGGUUUUGGACCAGGUGGUGCUGGAACAGGAACGGGGGGCUUCGGACCAGGUGGCGCUGGCACAGGAACAGGUGGUUUCGGAGCAGGGGGCCAAAGAUUAGGAAAAAGAAAACCUGCCAAAUCUGGUUAUGGAGGAGCUGGGGAUGGAUCAGCAGGACGAUUAGGGGGAGGUACAAGAGCUGGUCCUGGUGGAGUUGGAGCUGGGCCAGGCGGCUUUGGUCCAGGAGGUGCUGGAACUGGCGGCUUUGGUCCAGGAGGUGCUGAAUGGGGCUUGGUCCAGGAG